AUGUCUGCAGCUACCGGCGCAUGCAGUUUAAAGCCUCUCGACGCGGAUCGUUUCCCGUGGCUUUUUUGGGGUGACAAGAAGGCAGCUCGAGACGAGCAUUUGCUCCGUCGGCUGAAGAUAUCCUACAUUAUCAAUUGCACACCGCCCUGCGGAGAGGGGGGCGUGCCAAACUUUCACGAGAAGCGAUGCAUCGGAUCACGGUUGCUCUUCAGGUACCUUAGGGUGCCCGUGUAUGACACGCAGACGGAAAGCCUCCAUCCUUACUUUGAAGAUGUCUGGGAGUUUCUGGAGACAUGCAGAACGCGAGAGGACGGCAAUGUGUUGGUACACUGCAACCAGGGCGUUUCGCGUUCUGUUGCCUUCAUUUGCUCCUACCUCAUCAAGUUUGAGGGCAUGAGCGCUGCGGAGGCUCUGGCAUUUGUCAGAAGGAAGAAUCCACUCGCCUGUCCGAACGAGGCAUUCAGGGAGCAACUUGUUUCUCUGUAUGAGCGGGUAAAAAAGGAGGCGAGGGGCGGAUUGGCGGAGCCGAGGCAUCUGCAACAUGCGCCACAGGGGGUGUGGGUGCCCCCAUGCGCUUCUGCCAGAAAGAGAGUCGCGGCAUCUUCUUCCCUCUCAAACUCGCGAAGGCAGCAGCAGCCCAAACCUAAGAGGAUGAUCGGACCUGCAAGAGCUCCUGCUUCUGGAGCGGCAGCGCGUGCUCCUCCAACUGAGAGUGUGUGUUUCGCUCCUGAAGAAGCGAACGCAGUUAGGCCUUCGGAUGGUGAAAUCAGCACCGUGCUAGACGCGGCUGAGGCACCGACCUCACACGGGGAGAGAGGCUACGGCAGGAAUGCAGUUUGUGCGUCUCGCGAAACAGGAGCAGUCGAGAUAGGGGGGGGAGGGCUAAAGCUUGGAAAGGAGGCGAACAAGGGGCAUCUUGCACGAGAGAAGGAUAGCGACGAGGAUUGGGGGGCAGACACAGGCUGUAGCGACACGUGUUGGAGGGCCGACUUGGCGUUAGCCGUGCCUGCUGGUGGGGAGGAGGCGAGUGAGGAGGCUUCAACUUCUUCCUCUCUUGCUGCGAAUCCCCCCCCAGCCACACCGUGUAUGAGGACUGCGAGCUGCGGGGGGGCGGAGUCAAGAGCGCCAGUAGAGGCGAAGCAUCACGACUUGCUUUUGGACGCCACUGCGAAUUCGGAAGGGUGCAAAGACGCCUGCCAACAGCAGAGGCGUCUUCUCGCGUGUGAGCAGGCGGAAAAGAAGUCUUCGUGUUCGACGUUCUGCUCAGCGUCCGCUCGCAUGCAAAACUGCAAGGAAGAGGACGCCGCGAUGCCGAUCUCAGCCAUACAUGUAUAUGCAUUCUUAUCGGUGCCCCUAUAUAAGGCAAAGGGCGCCUAA